GUGAACGGUCGGUGGGGGACCGACAGACAGUGAAGAAAAGAAAUGGCGAUGCUCGGAGGGUUUAGUGCAGCACAGCACAAGAAGAACGUCUCUGAUGGGAGCAGCGACGUGUCAGAAUUCCUCUGCCCAGUUUGUCUCGAAAUAUUCGACAGUCCCGUAACGACACAAUGCGGUCAUACGUUCUGUCAGAGUUGUUUGCAGGAGUGUUUGCGUCCAAUGAAACCCGUUUGUGCUGUGUGUCGGGCCGGGCUCGGCCACUGGACUAAAGCUGCUGACCUAGAGGCCGUCAUCCAAUCAUCAGUGGCUGCAUGUAAAGGAUGUGGAGCACAGGUUGGUCUUUCUCAGAUGAGAGGCCAUACAGCUUCCUGCUCAAAAUACCAGGAAUAUAUUGAGGAGGGAGUGAGGACCACUGCCCAGAACCAGCCUGUCAUCAUUAGUCCAGUACCAAAUCGCUUCACCUUCACCUGCCCAUACUGCAACUGCCAGAACCUCGAUCAGGACGGUCUGGUCGAACAUUGCACUUCCCAGCAUGGUCGUGAUACACGACAAGUGGUGUGUCCCAUCUGUGCCUCAAUGCCUUGGGGGGACCCUAGCUACAGGAGUGCUGACUUUUUCCAGCACUUGAAGAUCAGACACACAUUCUCCUAUGACACCUUUGUUGACUACUCCACAGAUGAGCACACAAUGAUCCAGGAAGCUCUACAGCGCUCCCUGAUGGACAAUUGAAGUGUGAAUAACAAUCCUGAGCAGGAAUCCAGUGAUGGGAAGAUGGUGAUGGGAAGUCUUGAAAAAACAGAUUAACACACUGAAACUUUGUUCAUCCUUCAAGAGGGGGGGUGGUAGUGUAUUACUUUUGGUGAUCAGUGUCACAGGACAAUUGGUAUUGUUGCUAUUGAUUUAUAGGUUUAUUAAUCAGAAAAUAAAUCAUACAAUAUGGUUAAAAAGCAUAUUGUACUUAGGAGUGAUACUGUGUUUCUGGUGUGAUAAACUCUUAUCUUCCCCCCAGUUGAGUCGGUAGACUUGAUAGUUUGUUAAAUAUCUACAGAAUUUUGUUUGUUCAAGCUGUUUGUUCAUUGAUGGCACAGUGUCAUAUAGCCAAAAACUUCCAAAGUUGUAAUUAAAUGUCCCUGUCGUCAAUACUUGAUGUUAUAAGAGGGUUCGACCACUAGGUGGCUAACUAUUGCCAGCAAACGAAAGACUUCACUCAGUGAGGUGGUCAAGUAAUGUUAUCAAUAUUAUAUAAUAGUCUACUAAAGAGUGACUCUGCAUGUUUACUCUCGAAAGUGGAGAAGGGUUUUUUGUUGAAUUAAUAGCAGAUGGAAGCUCUUUCUUUUUUUAUGCUGUUUCUAGCAUAGUUUGUGUGAGAGUGUAUGUUCAUUCUGUUUUCAGAGAUCUACUGGAAAGAAUAAAUAAUAAGAGGGUCAAACAAAGCCAAAUGAUGGCUGUUUGCGUUAUUGUAAUGUUUCUCCCUUAUGUCUUUGUGCCUGCUGGUAGAUCUUGUUUCUGACUUCCUAAUCUCUUAGGGCUAAUAGUUCAUCCAGUGAACCAAAAGAUGCAAAUAGGAGACCAUUAGUGUGUCAUUAUUGGUCAGUUUUGUGAUUUUUAAUUCGAAUUAGAUUUUCUGUUGCAUGUUAUUGGCCAUAAGGGGGCAGUAGAGUUCCACCAUCCAUGACAUCCACUGGCUCCCACCAGCCUUGUGGCUUCUUUCAAGACAUAAUUCAACACAGAUUUCCUUCUAUAAAUGUGCUGUACUCAAUGUGUUGUUCUCCAGCUUAGGUUUUAUAUGCAGCAUACAAAAAUGUCACUGAUCUUUAGAGGUUUUAGUGGGGAUAUUUGUUAUAACCAUAACUUAGCUUUUAGACAGUCCAUGACGUGACAUCACUUCAGAAUUUUAAAUGUUAUUACAGUAGUUUGUGUUUUAAUGCCCAGUGUCUUGGUAGCUUCAUCCCCAAAACACUUCAGUUUGUUUUGCUGGUUUUCAUAUUUCUUAACAACACUGACGCUACAGUUCUUAAAUACAAAAUCAACAUGUUUAUUAUUUAUAUUUCUCAAAAAACUGGGAGCAUGUACACUUACAAGAACAUUUUGUUUGACUUUGCUUGAUGUUUGCUGGAUGUUUUUAAUUUCAAUUCUGAAAAAUUGGAUUGUGUCUACCUUCUUUUUUUUUUUUCAAUGACUUGUAACUGUCACAAAUCAACCAUAUACAAUAGUGCAAAUAUUCACACAUGGUUGCAUUGCAUUUGUCUUUUACCAACAGGUAAAUAAAUGAUAAUACACCCAGA